UUUUGGCAUGUAUCGCUAUUGGCUUUUAUUGAAAUAUUGGAAGAGCUUUCGAGCGCGGCUAUACUGAAUAUUCUUAGAACACAGAGAUAAUUACGGUCAAAUACAGGCCCAAAAAGAGUUUAUUUGUUGGUCUAUUUGUUAUUUCUAUACAUUAGUCUUUUCCGAGCGUAAUAAGAUUCUUUGUCACGUGACGAUUGUUUUCACACACAGUAAGCUAUUGUUUUUAGAAUGACCUCACAUGUCUAAUAUUGUUAAAUAAUAAUGGUUUUUAGGUUAGAUAUGAACAGUAAACAUUUGAAUUUGCUCAUGAGGCAUUGUUUUCUUUUGUGUAUCUUUUACUCCUUCAACGAUUUUUUUUAUGUCUGGUAGGGGGAACGAACAAAGGGAAGGCUGUCCAUUCAAAUUAGCCAUUCCGCAGUUAACAGUUUCUAUAAAAGCGUUGUUGGAGAAACUAUCAUUUAUCGGACAGUCUGGAUUUUUCCACCUUACACUUCGUUAUUUAGCCUUGUUUGUGAUAGCACCGGUGCUCCUGCCGAUAAGCCGUGUACAGUUGAUGUCGCUAAUGCCAUUUUUGCCGCUGCCCCUAAAGAAGGCGCUGCUGUGCACUCGAUCGAUGGGAUCCUCGUGAGUAAGGGCGAACUUCUAGUAGGGGCGCCGAUGCUGGACGUACCUAUGAACACCAACUGUGGAAGAGAAAGCAAAAGCUUCAUUCUCUAACAGUGGUAACGUUGGAAACUGUUUUGUUGACUAACUAAUCGGCCGGCGGACGCCCCGACAGUUGUAGAACGUUGUUAGGGAGAUCUCCUUAGCAAGCGUUGCUGCAAUGAGUUGUCAUUGUUAUUCUCAUAGUUCAAUCAGCAGAGAGCGGACAGUGGAGCACUUGUGCGACAGAAUAAGCUGUAGCCCUCUAUUGUUGUGCGGAUCCGUUUUUCUUCUUUUUACUCUUUGCUAGUGCCCAUAGUGCGGUUCAUUUUUUUCUCUUUUUGGGUGCAUUGAUAAUAAUGAUAGUCUUCGGAUUAUUAAUAUCUUAAACCGGACUAUCGUCAUUCCGCUAACCGGCAUUUUAAUAAAAUCAACAUAACGUUUUUUUAGAACUUAUUUGAGUGGGUUGCAAUGUCGAUCAGUAGCAGGAGCGCCGACUGAUAUGAACUCCAAAAAGCAUUUGUUAAUAAAUACCUUAAGAUUGAACGUUGCAUCUAACGAAACUGUGUAACCGUGCAUUAAGCCUGUGUGUAUUUCUAUAUAGUAUAUAUAAAGCAACUUUGGAAGCGAUUAUCGACGCGGCAACAAUACGUACGGGACUGUUUGCUAAGGACAAAAUUCUUGUUUAGCAUUACGAGCAAACUUUGCUUUUGAACGUCUAUGUGGGAUGUCAGAAAUGAGAGCCGCGGUACACGUGGGUCUUUUUGUGUUAACAGCAUUUCUGCUAUACCUGGCGUCCCGCACGGCCGUGUUAAAAGCAUCUGUUCAAUAUCCCAACUCAAGAGCUCUAGAGAAAAACUUCCCUAUAUCAAUCUACAAAGGUCUCUCUGAAGCUAUUAGGUUUCCUACCAUUUCGUAUGAUCUUCAUUCUGGAAAACAGCUGAACCACACUGCGUUCGAAGGGUUACACAACCUCAUUUUCAAACGUUUUCCUCGUAUUUUUCGCAAUCCGCCAGAAUGGGUUCUGCACCGAGUCAUCGGGAACUACAGCUUGUUGAUCCAAGUGCGCGGUUUGGACCUACGUUUAAAGCCAUACAUGCUGUGUGCUCACUUUGAUGUCGUUCCGGUUGACAAAAAGUUUUGGACGCAUCCGCCUUUUGAUGGGUACACUGACGACGUCUACGUUUGGGGUCGUGGUGCCCUCGACGACAAACACAACGUCAUGGCUUUAUUGGAAAUGCUGGCGUACAGGAUACAUUUCAAGAAUCGCCCUCAACGCGGUUUUUUCAUAGCACUGGGUCACGACGAAGAAGUACAUGGUUACUCAGGAGCUAAGACGAUUGCUAAAUACUUACGAACACUGAAGGUCACGCUCGACUUCAUCAUGGAUGAGGGCUUAGUUAUACUGCAAGGAGCUGUUCCAGGUGUCGACACGCCAGUCGCUCUCAUCGGGGUAGCAGAGAAAGGAUAUCUUACGGUGAAAGUUAAAUGCGAGAGUGUUUCAAAGCACGCCUCCAUGCCCUCACGUGAGACGGUUAUUACCACACUAUCCAGAGCUUUGACAAGGUUCAUCAACGAUGCUCACCCUGCCUAUAUGACUGCACUACAGGAGUCUCUCAUCAAAGAGGUAGCUCCUUACGCGCGUUUCCCUUAUGAUAUCAUCUACUCGAAUUUAUGGUUGUUUCAUCCACUUGUCGAACUCGCCAUGGCACGGAACGAGAUUAUUAGCUCCCAAAUGAGAACUACAUCUGCUGUUACCGUUAUUCAAGGCGGUUCUAAGGAAAAUACUAUUCCGAACCGGGCGGAGGCUCUGGUAAAUCACCGAAUAUUACCAGGUCAAACCAUUGAAGAAGUAUUACAAUACGAUCGAAAGCUGGUUAAGGACAUACCCAACGUGUCAGUCGAUAUAUAUAAGAAAUCAUGGAGUGAACCAAUACCUAGUUCACCGUACUCCGAUAACACCUUUGGUUAUCAAAAUAUCAAGCGGACGGUAAAGCGCAUCUAUCCUGAAGCAAUCGUAGCGCCACAUCUAAUGGUCGCAAAUACGGAUACGAGACAUUACUUCGAGGCAAACCUCACUACGAAUAUCUACAGGUUUUCGCCAGUGUUGCUGACAAUAGAUGAUAUUUCAACUAUUCACGGCAAUAAUGAACGUAUCUCGAAACUAAACUUUCGACGGCUUGCCGACUUCUACCUUCAGCUCACCCGAAAUUGUGACGAAACCGCUCCCCCUAUUUGGCAACGGAAAAGUGAACUUUAAUUUCCUCUGAUCUGUGACAAUCUAGCUUAAGAAAAAAUUUGAAAACACAAUCCAAGAUCAAUCGCUCACCUUUUUUUUUGUCAUUUGUCGUUUAUUACAUUAACAUUUAUUACACAAACAGGGUAUAGUUAGGAAAUGUAAUAUACAAGUUUAAAGGGUCUUUUUACUUGUAAUACUAAAUCCUGAAACAAUCUGUGCAAAUUGCUCCCAUUUCUCGCUGACUUUUGUGCGAAUCCACAUAAUGCACUAAGUUCAAGGUGACAUCUGACAAAUCAGCUUCUAAAAUGGCUCAAUGUUUGGAUAAAAAACUACUCUAGAAGCAGCCACUCCUAAUGCCGAGUUAUCUGUCAUACCGACAGAUAAAAUAGAUCUGUGACUGGCCUGGUUGUAUGGGACGUACUUUACAGACUGAAAAAAUGUGCACCCUACAUACACAUCAACGAUAGGUUCGAUGCGUUUUUUGCUCUUAUAUAUAAGAGUAUAUAUAAAAGUAGGUUCAAAUCGUAGUCACGUUUGACCAACACGAGUAUCAUAAAAGUUCAACCUGAUCGUAGACUUGUACUCGUUCCCACUCGUUACCAGCCCUAAUUCUUUAAAGGGAUGUAUAAUGCCUAAAAAGGCAUAUACAUAAUAAAAGGUAACCCGCUUUCAUGACUUCAAAAGCUCUUUUAUGUUGCAUUAGAAAUAUUGUUUGAUUCAUUGGACAAUAAUUUAUAGUGGCUGGAGAAUACGAGCCUAUAUAGACUAUUAACGAUGAAAGAAUUUGAUAUUACGAGACGAGUAAAUCUAUAGGCCAAUUAAAAUUUCGAUAAAUGCAUCGCUGUACUCAUAUUUUUGGAAAUAAGAGAUUUGGGAGAACAUAUAUGCACGAUUUUUACAAUUUCAAAUGUAUAUGUAAAAGUUUUAGCCGAUUAUUUCACUGUCGGCUUCAUAUUAAUUAAUAGUAAUAUCAGUGACACAUAAAAUACAUCUUUUCAAAACGAGUAAAGUUUCCUCUCGAAUCUCAUCAUGUUAGUGAUAUCAUGAUGAUUUUCGAUGAUGGGGGGGAUCUUUGCAUAUCGAUAUUUAAGUGUCUGCGCGUAGGACAUGUAGUGCUAAUACACAUUUAACCAUCGGUGAGAACUAGGAUUUGUUUCUAAUGUAGACACAGGUUAUGUGCACAUGCAUGACGUGUUAAUAAAUGACAAAUACUUAAAGGACGA